AUGGGGGGGAGAGUGAAACUGGGGGAAGAAAAGGUUUACUCCUUGUCGUAUGCAGACGAUACGGUACUGUUGGCGGAGGAGGAGGACGACAUGAGAAGCAUUCUGGUUAGGUUGGAGAGAUACUUGGAUGGAAAAGGUUUGGAACUUAAUGUGAGCAAGACGAGGAUAAUGAGGUUCAGGAAAGGGGGGGAGGAAAAGGAAAGUGACUUGGAGAUGGAAAGGAAAGGCAAUAGAAGAGGUAAAAGAAUUCUCCUACUUGGGCUACGUAGUGCAAGGCAAUGGAGGGCAGGGGGCACAAGUGAGGGAAAGGUUAAGGAAAGGAGCAGCAAUAAUGGGAAAAGUGGGAAAAGAAGGUUUAAGGGGGACUGGGGUAGACUGUGCUGGUUAUUUGACAUGCUGGUAUGGUCGGUGAUAGGUUAUAGGGUGGAAAUAUGGGGAUGGAAGGAGAGGGAAGCACUGGAAAGACUACAAGAAAGAUUCCUAAAAUGGGUGAUGGGGGUAAAUUGGGGGACUCCAAGGUACAUGGUAAGAGAAGAAAUACAGAGAGGAAAGUUAAGGGAAAGGGCGGGAAUAAGGGCAAUAGGGUUUGAAAAAAGGUUGGAGGAAGGAAGGGGAAGCGAGCUAGUAAAGAAGUGUUGA